ACGAGGUGGUUCAGGCGCACGUAUGGGAACUAUUGUCCUGGAUACAGAUUUGAGUCAUCUCGGUGGAAUCGUAUCAACCAACAACAACGCAGGUGGGUCGGAGAAAAAGGGGUUGUUGAGGCGUAUGACACAACACGGCUCCAUCUCCGACAUCGACGACACCAGAAGUCGGGAAGCGUCCCUCGCAGGGGCGGGGUGGAGUGCUCCUGAUUCCUGGGGUGUCGUUGGUCCGGCAUCGGAGACGAGUACGAUUGCGGGAGGCGAUAGUCCGAGUCUCGCACGGAUUCCUACGACGAUCGAGGAAGGAAAACAAGCUGAACCGAGCAAGAGUCGCGGAGGGAGUGUGCCCGAUUCGAGGAGUAUUCCUGGGAGGAAGGGGAGUAAUAAUUACUUUGCGCGGGUGUUUAAGGAUGAUGGGACCUUUUCGACCGUACAAUGUCCACUGGACUCGACUGGUGCGGAGAUGAUGGCGCUCCUUGCAAGGAAGUUUUUCUUGACGAGUACGGCGGGGUUUCAGUUGCUCGUUGUGAGGAAUGGGAUCUCGCAGGUUCUGGGAGCGAAGGAUAAACCGAUGUUGUUGCAGAAGAAGUUGUUGGAGGAGGUCGGGUAUACGGACGAAGACCGGAUCGAGGAGCUCGGCCGUGAAGAUAAUUCGUAUCUGUGUCGGUUUGUGUUUACGACGACCACGGUACCGACCUUCACGCCGGAUGAGGAUGCGGCGGUUUUGGGAAGUUUCGAGCAUGCGCAACUCGCGGGGAAGAAUUUGAGUACGAUUCCGGUUGCGCUGUAUCGCCACGCGAGUCGGAUUCAGAGUUUGGACGUGAGUCGGAACUUAUCGUUGGAUUUACCGAUGGAUUUCGUGCAAGCGUGCACUGCGCUUCGUGAACUCCGAUACGCAAACAACCGCGCCAAAGCGGCGCCGGUCGCGUUCAAGGAAGCGAAAGAUACGUUGACGGAUUUGGAUCUGGGGAGUAAUCGCCUCGAAGAGGUGGAGCACAUUGGCAUGGAGGAGUUUGAGCGGAUACAGACGCUGAAACUGCAUAAUAAUAUGUUGGUGGAGUUGCCGAUGGCGUGGGCGGGAAAGUUGCAGGGGUUGAAGUGGUUGGAUAUCUCGUCGAAUCGAUUGAGGGAGUUUCCGAAGGUUGUGUGUGAGUUGAUGAAUCUGACUGACCUGGAUGUGUCGUUCAAUGGAAUGGAAUCCUUGCCUGAUGAGAUUGGGAAUUUGAAGAAUUUGGAGAGGUUCGUUGCGACGAAUAAUAAGUUUGUUGGAGCUUUGCCACCGGGCUUUGCGGGGUUGACGGGGUUGAGAGAGUUGGAUAUCAGGUUCAACGCGUUGACGAAUUUGGAUGUCGUGGCCAGCUUACCGAUGAUCGAGGUACUCUGGGCGAGUCAUAACCAAGUCACGCAGUUUGAAAAUGGGUUUAGGAGGUUGAAGGUGCUGCACCUCAACAAGAACCCGAUUACCAAGUAUGCGCUCACUGCGAUUCCGAAUGCUGUUGCUGUUGGACAGAGUCUUACGGUGCUCAAUCUGGCGAGCGCGAAGCUUGCGAGUUUUCCGGAUAACUUGUUCGAGAGUUUGCAUCAUUUGGAGAAGUUGGUGUUGGAUAAUAACCAUGUCGUUUCUCUGCCACCGGAGAUUGGGCAUUUGAAGAGGUUGACGUACUUCUCGUGUGUCAACAACUUGUUGGCUGCACUACCGGCGGAGAUUGGACAGCUUACGGAGUUGAGGUUCGUGGAUGUGCACAACAACAACUUGAAGCAGCUUCCUCAGGAAAUCUGGAAUUUGUUUGCGUUGACGACGUUGAAUGCUUCUAGUAACUUGCUGGAUGAGUUCCCCAUCCCACCGGCGCCGAAGCAGGAGAAGGUCGGUGUUGAUGGCGUUGCGCCUCCGAGAAAAGAUUCGAGUGCGAGUAGCCGUGUGGUUGGGACUAUGGCUGAGUCUUUGCGGGAGUUGUCGUUGGGUGACAACCGCUUGACUGAUGAUGUGUUUGAGCAGAUGUCGCUAUUGGUCGAGUUAAGACGCUUGAACUUGUCCUUCAACGAUAUCUAUGAGAUUCCUACUGGUGCGAUCGGACGGUUGCAGCAGUUGUACGAGUUACAUCUUUCCGGUAACGAGCUCACUAGCUUGCCGUCUGAUGACUUGGAACGCAUGGGUACGUUGAGGGUCUUGCACGUCAACGGCAAUAAGUUGCAGACUCUUCCUGCCGAGCUCGGAAAAAUCAGAAGGUUGUUGGUGUUAGACGUGAGCAACAACACGCUCAAGUACAACAUUGCCAAUUGGCCCUACGACUGGAAUUGGAACUGGAACUUGGAUUUGAAGUACCUCAACUUGUCUGGUAACAAGAGGUUGGAGAUUAAGCCGAGUGCCCAGUCUGCGCACAUCGCGUCCAGGGAGCGUAAUCUUUCGGAUUUCAAUGCAUUGACAAAGUUGAGGUGUCUUGGACUUAUGGACGUCACGCUCGUGACGCCUUCCGUACCAGACCAGACAGAGGACCGGCGUGUACGUACCACGGGUUCGGAGGUUGCGAACAUGUCGUAUGGUAUGGCAGAUACGCUCGGCUGGUACGAGCAUUUGUCUAUCAUUGACAUGGUCGUCCCCACCUUCCGCGGAAAGGAGAAUGAGGUCAUCUUUGGAAUGUUCGAUGGUCACCAUAUGAUCCAAACCGAUAGCGGUAACAAGGUCUCGAAGUACCUCCAGGACUCGUUUACCACGACGUUUACACUGGAGCUCAAGAAGUUGAGGGAUACUGAGGGCAUUCCGUUCGCUCUCAGACGCACGUUCUUAACUCUGAACAAGGAUCUUGGCGCGCUCGUUGUGCCACCAUUGAAAGAGCAGCAGGACAUCAAACCUCCAAGGCAUCUUUCGGCUUCCGCUUUGCCAACCCCUGAGGACAUUCGUUCGGGUGCUUGUGCUACCGUUGUGUACAUCGCCGACAAGACAAUGUAUGUCGCGAACGUUGGUACUGCCAUGGCUGUUGUUUCCAAGAGCGAUGGUGAGGCACACCUUUUGACUCGCAAGCAUGAGCCAGGAGAUGCUGCUGAGGUCGAGCGUAUUCGGGCUACUGGUGGAUACAUCUCGAGGACUGGUAAGGUUAACGACGCACUUGAGAUUUCCCGCUCGUUCGGUCACUUUGAGCAUAUCACUGCGGUCAAUGCUGCUCCGCAGGUAAAUGAGUUCCAGUUGACUGACAACGACGAGUUCGUUAUUGUCGCGAACAAGGAGCUCUGGGAGUGCAUGUCCUAUCAGACUGCAGUUGAUAUUGCACGAACUGAGCGCGAGGAUCUCAUGCUCGCUGCUCAGAAGCUCCGUGACUUUGCCAUCGCUUACGGCGCCCAUGGCAAGAUCACUGUCAUGGUCAUCGGCGUCGGAGAUAUCUUCUUGCAGAAAAAGAGGCGGACCAGGAAUGCUUCAGCCUUCAAGAACCUCCCCGGUGGUCUUGCCACGCCUGACGAUGAUUUCAUCAUCGGUACGAAAAAGCGUCGAGGGAAGGAGGGUAACAUUGAGGACUCUACCUUGGCUCGUUUGCAGCGUGAAGUGCCUCCACCUGUUGGUAACGUUGCCUUGGUCUUCACUGAUAUCAAGAACUCGACACUGCUGUGGGAGACGCACCCAAUUGCCAUGCGUGCAGCCAUCAAGGUACACAACGCUGUGAUGCGUCGCUCUCUGCGGUCCGCUGGUGGUUACGAGGUCAAAACCGAAGGAGACGCAUUCAUGGUCACAUUUGCUGCUGUCACCAGUGCGAUGUUGUGGUGUUUCAAGGUCCAGACUGAAUUGAUGGCUGCGGAUUGGCCUCAAGAAAUUCUUGAUUCAGAGCACGGUAGGGAGGUUUUCGAUCCUGAGACUGGGCAACUCUUGUACCGUGGUUUGUGGGUCCGUAUGGGUAUUCACCAUGGUGCACCAGUGUGUGAAGUCGAUCCGAUCACUCGUCGUAUGGACUACUUCGGGCCCAUUGUCAAUCGUGCAGCUCGAGUCUCUUCUGUUGCGGAUGGUGGACAGAUUACGGUGUCUUCUGAAGUUGCUAAUGCUAUCCACAAGUUCGAGGAUGCCGAGACAGACGAGGAGAUCAUCAUGAACGAAGUUGGAGAUGAGGCCUUGGUUCACAAAAUCAAGAAGGAGAUCUCGUCUUUGAAGCGUCUCGGGUUUGGUCUUGCACCUCUUGGUGAGCGCAAGCUCAAGGGAUUGGAAAACCCUGAGUUCAUCCACUUGAUCUAUCCCAAGUCUUUGGCUGGCCGUCUCGAGUUGGAGCGUAAGCUCAACCCUCAGGUUGCGCCAGCUCCCAAGGAGGAAUUGAUGUUCCAGUCUGAGCAGCCACGACACGUCUCACCCGCGGAUGUCCGUUCGCUGGGUAUCAUUGCACUCAGACUGGAGAAGAUCUGCGGUGCCUACUUUGGUCAGAAGACUGUUGGUAGAGAUGAAGCGACUCUGAAGAUAUUGGCGGCUACGAUGGAAUCAAAGAUUUCUGAAGAUGUCGAGGACUGGAAAUUGGUCUCGUACAUGGCUAACUUCCUUGUUCGAAUUGAGAACUGCAUGUUCAAUCUCUUUGUUCGAUCGCUUCACCCUGCGGGACUUUCGACGAUGGGUCUCCUGCCGAACGACAUAUUUUCGAUGCUCUCGGCCGCCAAGGAACAAAUCGCGCAAGCCGCUCCUCAGCUUGAUAUGGACAACCUGAGCGAGGGUAUGCUCGGCAGCUUCUUGGCUGAGGGAUCAGCUAUCGACCGUGCGUCGGCUACACCAUCCUCGGUCGCUUACUCUUCUGACAGGGCUGCUUCUGUUGCAUUCAGUGACCAAACUGAGUUUACGCCGUCGCCGUCUGUUGCUACGGCGUCCAGGAGAGACUCGUUGGCUGACUUUGGUAGUGCACCGUCGCCGAUGUCGUAUGCCGCACCGAUGCCGCUUGCACCACCGAGGAGGGGUAGCUUUAUGGAUGCUAUGGCUGCUGCACCACCGGUGUCGAUUGUCGGUAGCAGGAGAGGAAGUUUGAUGGCUUUGCAGCCUGAUGGUUUCGCUCCCUCGACGCAGCCUACCCCGCCACCACCCCAGCCGUUCCCUACGACUGCUGGUAGGAGACAGAGCUUGUUUGCGAAUCUUGGUAGUGAGCUUCAACCGGCGAAUGGAAGGAGAGGAAGUUUGUUGGCGUUCUCGGAGACGUACAGUGAUGAACCGGCCGACGCGUCUGAAUUGGAAGAUAACGUUGGUCCGGCUGCUGCGGCUGCAGCAAAGGCUGCUCCACCGAAGUUUACGACGUAUUCUGGGAAGCCUUAUAAUCUUGGAGCAGUUGUGGGUGCACCAGAGCCUGAACAACCUCCGAAACCGAAUGCGGAGUGAGUGAUAGAAUAGGAUAGGAUGCGAGGUAUGAUAUGGAUGGGUGUGGAUGGUGUUUUUGAUAGGGUACCGGG